CGGGGCGCUGCUGGCUGACAGCUCCAGCCCCACUGCCCCGGGGCGGAAGCGGAGAAUGUCACGGAGCUCGUCUGAGUCUCCACCAUCAACUCGACCCGUCUGACCAAGCGGCCUCUGCGCCUGCGCUGCGGUCACUGGGCAGUUACCGAAGCGUGUAGCAAUAGGGGGGUGAGGACAGCUCCGAAGUGCCUGUGUCACGGAUCAGGGUCAGGCUUGGGCGACUUGAAUCGCGUCGGUGUUCUUGAAAAUUUUAGCCAGACUCAUUUUAGGUUUGGUAGCGGCGGAGACAUCUUAAUUUAAAACAAGAACCAAACCCAAACAGACAAGAAUGAGACACCGUAGCGCAGUGUUAACUAUUCAUCUGUGUACCUGAUGCUGAAAUUUGUUCCUCUUUAAAUUGAGACCAUUGUUAUGAUUCUCCGUGACUAAGUACCAUUCCCCCCAUCGUUGUGUUGCGUUAUAUGCCAAGCUGAUGCAAUGAUGAAUUCUCAAAGUUUCUCAUUACCAACAAUGGUGCCCAGUAGCUCUGUUAUUAAUAGCUCUGUGACUAGUAACUUGUCAACGAACAAUCCACCCAGCAAAGCCGUUCUCAUUAGCAAACCCUUUAAAUGCUCUGAAUGUGGCAGGUCUUUUGCCCAGCUGACGGAGCUAGAACUUCAUGAGAUGUCUCACGCUGCGGAGCGACCGUAUCGCUGCGAGCUCUGUGGAAAGACCUUUGCCCAGACAUCAGCUCUGGUGAAGCACCAGCGUGUUCACACAGGAGAGAAGCCUUACAAGUGUCCCAUGUGUGGGAAGACCUUUGCCCUGUCCUCUGGCCUGGUACUGCACAAACGCAUUCACACUGGCGAGCGGCCCCACACCUGCCCACUCUGUGGCAAGAAAUUCAUCUCCUCCUCCCACCUGGCCCUGCAUCUGCGCUCGCACACGGGUGAGAGGAAGUACAAGUGCAGUGUGUGUGGGAAGCUCUUCCUACAGUCCUCGCACCUUGUGAGGCACAAAGCAAUCCACACAGGGGAAAAGCCCUUUAAAUGUGAGGACUGUGGGAAGAACUUUGGGCGUGCCUCACACCUGAAGACUCACAGACGUGUUCACACAGGGGAGAGGCCUUUCAAAUGCACCCAGUGCGAGAAGGCCUUCACACAGAAGGCAGGACUGAUCCUGCACAUCCGCCUUCACACUGGUGAGAGGCCCUACAAAUGUGACAAGUGUGGGAAAAACUUCCGUUCCUCCGCUCACCUCAUGUCGCAUCAGCUCCUUGAGUCUGGGGAGAGGAAUUUCAAAUGUACCACAUGCAGUAAGGCCUUUAAGCAGGCCUCAUCUCUCAAACAGCACUUAAAAACACAUGAAGCCCGUGAACCUCACCGCUGUUCUGUUUGUAGUCGAACUUUUUCUAGGUCCUCUUAUCUCCAGCUUCAUAUGAGAACGCACAGUGGGGAGAGGCCCUAUCACUGCAUGGUUUGCAACCGGACUUAUGCCAAAAUGUCUACAUUUGAGAAACAUUGUAAAAAGCAUCAGCAGGACGAAGAGAGGUGUGACAUCAGGCCCAGAGCAAUGACUACAAGGGCAAAAGCACUGGCUGAAAAGAAAAGGCAGGAGCAGAAACAGCAGCACCAAGAUGGCUGCCCAGAACAACAUCAUCAGCCUGACGGAGAGCAGCAACAAGAUGGAGAGCAUUUCCUGCACUGUCAGCUGUCUUCUCCCAGUGAUCGGAAGCCCAGGAUGCAGGAUCGACCCAGAAAUUGUAAAUUAAAAACAAGUUCCAGGAGUAUUUCAGAGUGGAAAAAUGAAAAUGUGCUCUAUUAUGCCCUGAAUGUUACACUAAUGUUGGAGUUCUGGCUGAAGGCCUUCCCGCAGCUGAGCUGGCUCCGUGGCAGCCACGUCCCUGCCCCCGCUCCCCUGGGCCGGGACGAUCCAGAGCGAGACCGGCUGUUCUCCUGCAGCCUGCGAGAGGCGAGCUCAGCAGGGCCCGGGCCCUUCGCCCCGCUCUGGCUCCAGCCCCUUCCUGUGUCCCGCCCUACGCAGGAAGCCCUGGCGGGAGCCGCAGUGCCGGGUCCUGAUCUGCAGCGAACCCGGGCCAGGAGCGACUCCCCCGCCGCGCCCCACGUGGCCGCCUCCCGGCGCUGCUGCUGCUGCGGACACACGCGGGCUGCGCCCCUCCGCGGCAGGAUCGGAGGCGGGGGGAAGCGGACACUCACCCCGGCCACAGGACAUGGCUGCAGCGGAGCGGGCCGAGCACUGUGUCUAAUUACCGAUGUGAUCUCUCAGAUGGAACUAGAGGAAGAGCCAUUGGUCCUGGAAAGGGAGAACCUAAGAAGCACCUGUACAGCAGGUCAUGGGAUGGUGCGUGAGAAUGAGGAGAGUCCUCAGCAGGGAGGUCCUGAGCAAGUGGAACUUCAUGUGACGUUACUGGGAAGAUCCAAAGCGCAGGGAAACUUCUGCCCUCUUGAGCAGGGAAAAGCUUCUGAGAGUCCAGGCAGGUCCACAAGAGAGCAAAGAAACCCUCCAGCGAAAAGACUGGGGGAAUCCAUCCAGCUUGGGGGAGGUGACCUCAGUGACCUCCCAAUCCCGCCGAGCCUCCACACGGGAGAGGGAAAGAACACAUGCCCCGACUGUGGGAAAAGCUUCCGUGGGCGCUUAGGUCUUACUAGACAUCAGAGAAUCCACUCGGGCGAGAAGCCCUACAGGUGUCUUUUGUGCGGGAAAGGCUUCACCGUCAGCUCCACCCUGGCCAAGCACCGGCGCAUCCACACUGGGGAGAAACCCUACCAGUGCCCCAGUUGUGGGAAGAGCUUCAUCCAGAGCUCGCAGCUCAUCACCCACCAGAGAACACACACGGGCGAGAAGCCCUACCAAUGCCCCGAAUGCGGGAAGGGCUUCAGCCGGAGCUCCCACCUCAUCAUCCACCAGAGGUUCCACACUGGAGAGAAGCCCUACGAAUGCCCCCAGUGCGGGAAGGGCUUCAGCCAGAGCUCCAACCUGGCCACGCACCAGCGAGUGCACACGGGGGAGCGGCCCUACCAGUGCGCCCAGUGCGGGAAGGGCUUCACACAAAGCUCGGACUUCACCGCCCACCAGCGGCUGCACAUGGGCGAAAGGCCCUACCGCUGUGCCGAGUGUGGGAAGAGCUACACCAACAGCUCCGCCCUCAUCAAACACCAGAGGAACCACACGGGGGAGCGGCCCUACAAAUGCCCCGAGUGCAGGAAGGGCUUCAGCCAGAGCUCCGCUCUGCUUGCCCACCAGCGGAUCCACACGGGAGAGAGGCCCUACAAGUGUCCUGAGUGUGGAAAGGGAUUUUAUGCGCGGUCCCCCCUUAUUGCACACCGGAGAACCCACACCGGCGAGACGCCCUACAUGUGUCCGGAGUGCGGGAAGGGCUUCCGCAAGAAAACCAGCCUGAACGUGCAUCAGAGAGACCACCUGGCAGAGGAGCAAUGCCCUGACCAGGGCUGUCCCCAGUGAACGGCAUCCAUGGCCGUUUCCACAACACACCGGGGGUAUUCGGCUUCUCAGCACCAUCCGUCUGCACAUCUGUUGGGUCAGCUGACUGCAGGAGCCACCCCUAAGCUGACUGGUGGUGAUCCUCUAGCAAGUCCUAGGCAGAGAAGAAGCCCACAUCAUCUCCUGUUUAACUGGUGCAUCCCAAGCUAUAAAGCUGCCAGGCCCUCGGUGUCUUGUCAACAUGGGAAGAGCGAGGGAAACCCCGCCAGGAGCCCCUUUUUCCUCACGUGGGCAGUGGCUGGGAGAAAGCGACGUGGCUCAGGCCCUAAACUAAUCAAGAGACCUAUCGCCACCCCCCCUCCCAGACCACGGCUGGGCUCUCAAACUGAUCCAGAACUGUAGUUUGAUUUUGCUCAGACAACCUUAAUUCUGGCCCCUUGUGCAAAUACGUGAUGGUACAAUUUUAAUUCACACUGUCACAUACCGUUUUUUCCCACAGGGCUCCUACCUCAUUCAUCGCCCAGGGUGGAUGCGUCGGGCAGCCUGAACGAUAGGGGUCUCUAUGCAUGCUGCCUAUAAUAGAAUGCUCCCCUCCAUUCUCUUCAUGCCCCUUGCCUUCUCUCUCCCAUUUGGGUGCCCAGGGUCAUCUGGGGCCACUUACAUUACUGUCUUGAAAGUGCCUUGAAUUGCCUGUGGAGCCAACCCCCAUUUUCUGCCUACCUAAAUUACUCAUUUCUCCCUGGCAAGCUCCUGGAAAUCCUGUCCUGAGUGGUCAGUGCGUCCCACACCAUUCGUGAUGAAACACUCGCCGAGCUCCUAUUAGAGCCCUGCAGAAGGCAAUAGGGUGUUAGGGUUCAGGAAAUGGAGACCUAGGUCUCAUCCUAAUGCUGUCUGAGCUGAGUCUGCAGUAGGGUCAUUCCAUUUUCAAUUCUCACAACCUCAUUCCAGUGCCAGGGAGGAACAAGUCCUCAGUCUCAGGCAGAAGAAUAAAACAAAAGGAGAAAAAAUUCUGCCAACAAAACGGAUUGUUUGGGAGCAGUAACAUUGAUUGGGAGCAGUUUUAAGCUUAAUCAGAAUAAGCCAUUCUUAAAUUGAAAUAAGCGUGUCUACACAGGGAUGUGCAGAGUUUUAACUAAACGAGCUUAAAUUCCCACCUUAUGUUAAAGUGGUACAAGCCCUCAGUGCAGCCUUGCCAACCCCAAGCAUGUAAAAAUCAUGAGUCCAGCCCUCAGAACAUGAGAUUUGGCUUAAAAGUCCGGAGGGGGUUUAAAAAUAAUACAUUGUAAGUUUUUGUUUCUUCUGGUUUCUGAGCCUUUAAGUGUGCACGUGCGUCUCAUUUUCAGUCUUUUCCCUGCAGCCGUGAGGGCUAGAACCUCCCUUAAAAAAAGAAAAGAAAAGAAAGUUGAGCUUCUUAUUCAGUCUCUUGAUUCUAGCAGCUGGGGCUGGAAAACACCAAAUAUAAUGAGCCGCGUUACAUUUUCAAGAGUUGGUAACACAAUAUCAUCAUCUGCUUCUUCACACAUAGGUGUGUGUGCACCCAGCGCACUGGAGCCUGAGAAAUGUGCCUAGUGGUACCUGUAGAGGGUGUCACUUGCACCUCAUGGCCAUAGCCUUUCCCCUGGCUACAUGAAGUGGUGCCACCCCAGCCCUUCCUCCGUUUUUAUUUCUUGGUCAACUCUAACAUCCCAUGUUUAAUUCAUUCUUUUAAACACUGUCAACACCGUCACCGAACCAGCUUUAUUUGACUUUCUGUAAUUUCUUAGUUGCUUUUGAAAUUCUAUUUUGGCUAAUGAAUGGCUACAUUUACCAUACUUCUCCAGUCUGUAUUUUAGCUGAGGAACAGGUAUAAAAAGGGCUUGUGUGCUGCUGAAGUGCUUCAGUGCAGAUGCUGCCUAUUCCAAUGGGAGGGGUUCUCCUGAUGGCACAGGCACUCCACCUCCCCGAGAGGCGGUAGCUAGGUUGACAGGAGAAUUCCUGUCUACACCAGGGGUUAGGUCGGUUUAACUGCAUCGCUCGUGGGUGUGGAAUGUUCACACCCCUGCAUGAUGUAGUUAUAUUGACCUAAUUUUGUAGUCUAGUCUAGUCCUUAGAAACCUGGUAGAUAAUAGGUUCAUUAAAUUAAUGGUCCAAUAUGGUUUAGAAUGUGUAUUUCUUACAUCAUGCAUCUUAAUGAGGGAUGAAGUUCAAAGUCUAAUCGUCAAUGCUAACAUGAAGUGCAGGCAAACAUACUUGUCUUAAACCCAAAUGAGUUAUAUAUAAAAAGCAAGAUUAGUGCAAAACUAAGGCUGCUUGUUUAAGAUGAAUGCAGAGAAGGAAGCUGGUUCAGGGGGUUGGGCACUAAUCUAGCCCUUGAGAGAGACUAGUUCAAGUUCCUGCUCCAUCAUAGAUUUUCUGCAUGAACUUGGGAAAGUCCCUUAGGCCCAGUUCCACAAAGGUGUUAGGAGCCUAAAUCCCUUUGUGGAUCUGGGCUUCUGGGCCUCAGCUCCCCAUCUGUACGAUGGGGAUAACAGAAAUACAUUAAAGCUUGUGAAGCGCUUGGGUAUAGCACUGAUGGGGACUAUAUAAGCACUUACAAUAGAUAGAACUGCAGAAGCUAAGAUUUCUAUAGCAGGGUUUGCUGAGCUAUGUAAAUCUGUAUAUGAUGAUAGAGUGAUGUAAACCCCGUACAAGCACCAGAAGGGUUAAGGGAGCCUGAAAGGGUCAGUAACCUCACUGAUUGCACCCAGGGAGGGUGUGGUCAGGUGAAGGGGGUGGACUUCAAAGAGGAGAGAGAAGGUGAGUUGGGAGAGGAGAGUACGUAGUGUGCUCCCUCCCUCCCUCCCUCUGGGAAGUGGGAUGAUAGAAGGCUGGAGAAUCAUAGAAAUGUAAGGCUGGAAGGGACCUCAGGUGGUCAUCAAAUCCAGCUUCAUCUGCUAAGGACCAAGUAAACCUAGACCAGCCCUGGCAGAUGUUUGUCCAGCCUGUUCUUAGAAAGCUCUAAUGAUGGAAAUUCCACAGCCUCCAUAGGAAGCCCAUUCCAGAGCUUACCUAGCCUUCCAGUUAGGAAGUGUCUCCUAAUAUCUAACGUAAGCCUCCCUUGCUAGAGAUCGAGCCCAUUACUUCUUGUCCUACCUUCAGCAGACAUGGAGAACAAUGGACAGGCUGCCCCUGAGGUGAGCCAGCAGAAAGAUCAGGAGCUGCUGAGGGCCCCUGGGCCCCUGGGAAGGCAGAGAACUGUCUGGCCCUGACUGUGGCAUGGAGGGAGGAUGUUGAUGAUGGAUGAGGCUUACCUGCACAGAAACGGGAUGGCCAGAUGAGCCUGACGGGGGCUGAGGAUUUAGGUAUGUUUCUCUGGGACGCGUUAAAGGGCUCUGUGGUCCCAGAAGGGGUCAGACUCUUGAAAGCGUCAUGUUCGGAGAGUCAGGCCACCCCUGCUGCCAGAACGGGUUGAAGAACACGAGGAAAAAGGAAGCACAGCUGCUGCAAUGCCACAUCCAGCUAUGGGGCAGCAGUUUUGCGGCAGGUAUAUAUUUAUAACUAUUAAAAUCAGAUGGAAUCUUGAAUAAGACAAAUGGUAUGGAAAAUAUUCUAGGGAACCUAAAAGAAUGGUCACGCAAAAGCUACGUUAGCGGUGUAACUUUGGUGUAGCCCUGCAAAUAUUUCACAGUGACAGUGGCAUUACAUUUUUGUUCACAUUUAACUUACUGAGAUGGUGUUGAAUCAGUGCUGGAAAUGUAAAAAUGUUAGCAACAAUGGGAAUGAAAAUCUGGUAUGUGCAACAUUUUUGCCUGCAAUACAUUUUAUAUAGAACUUUAUAUUUGGUAGGAGGAACCUGUCACCCCAUCACAACAACUGUACUUGUUUUGCUCAGUUUAGGAAUAUAGGAAGUGCCAUGCUGGCUCAGACCAGCGCUCCACCUAGCUCCAAUAGCAAAAUGUCUGUGGCCCACUCUACACACAGGUUUUGUACCAGUAUAAGUAUUUUGGUUAGGGUUGUUUUUAGUUUUUCCCCAAUAAUUGUAUUGGUACAAUCCUAGCAUGGAAGGUGCCUUAUACUGGUAUAGCUUCCUUCCCUUCCUGUAUAGGAAUAAGCUAUACUAUUAUCCUCAUCUUUGUAUUGGUAUGGGUGUGUCCACACCAGAGGCGUGCUACCACUUUAACUACACCAGUAUAGUUUCAGCUCCAAAUAUCAAAAUAUUGCUACAUGGAAUGAAAUCUCGUCAUAUUUGCAUAACACUAUUUUUGUUUUCUAGUUUUGAUAAUUCUGAACUUUAGAGCAUGAUUAAAAGAGUAAGACUCCAUUCACGUAAGACUGUUCUGCUGACUAAAGGCAUUAGAACGUGAUUGUUACUAGUAGCCACUUUCUGCAUCUCUACGUAAGAGACAGAAACUAAAUCCUCUUCCCAUUUGUCUUCUGCCCCGAAUACGUGAAUCAAUACAAUUUACAGCUGGCUCAGCUGUGAGCUGCUGUUAGGUUGUUAUAUUGAAAUAAAUGCACCUCUGAAAGGUACUGCAAACUC